ACACACGUGUUAAAAUCAAAAUCAGCUCAUUAGCAGCUGCAGCGUGUGCGUAAAUCCACUCGCAAUCAAAGUUAUUACUUAAGUAGUGAUUUUUCUUUAAAUUUGAAUCCGUCUGAACAGUCAUUCUCCAUUUGAGAGAAUGAUAUCGAUGCCUUGAGUUGAAGACACAGAUAGAGACCAUUUAUGUGGAGUAUCAGUCGACAAACAUGGGAGUUGAUGAGACAGAUUCGGAGCACAGGAGCUUUGCUGUUAAAACAGGUGAGGUGCCUGAAGACUCACUUCCCUCUAUUCAGACUGAAGAUCAUAAUUUCUGUCCCAACUACUCUGCUCAGAGUCACAGCAUUUUGAUCGCUCCCUCCUUUCAUGGCACCAUCAGUCGUGACAUAAUCAUCAAUGUCAACUCACCAUGCAAAGAAUCUAAAGAAGAAUUCAACAAUGAUUCUGCCCCACAGCCCCAAAACAAUAAGAUCGAAGAAUGUAAAAAAAAGCUGAAAGCUACCCUAAUGGGGAACUUCAGCCACUUGCUGGAUGGGAUGACAACAGCGGCAAACAAGAUACCUCUCAAUGAGAUCUACACGGAGCUCUACAUCACUGAGGGAGGAAGUGGUGAAGUCAAUAAGGAGCAUGAGGUGAGACAGAUUGAGACAGUGUCCAGGAUACAUGUGACCCAGGAGAAAUCGAUCCACUGCAGUCACCUCUUUGUUCCUCAAGGGGAACGAGGUCUCCCCAGAAGAACCGUGUUGACAAGGGGAGUCGCUGGCAUCGGAAAAACGGUAUCCACCAAUAAAUUCACUCUGGACUGGGCUGAGGAAAAAGAAAACACCAACCUGGACUUUGUGUUUCCUCUCUCUUUCAGAGAGCUGAAUCUGAUGAAGAAGAAAAACUGCAGCUUUGUGGAACUUCUUAGCGUGCUUUACCCUGAAACGAAAGACACAGGAAUCUUUACAUACGGUGAACGCAAAAUGCUUUUCAUCCUGGAUGGUUUAGACGAGAACCGACUGUCUUUGGAUUUCAACAAAAUUGAAAUAGUGACCGAUGUGACACAGACGACCACAAUUUCCGUUCUUCUGACCAACCUCAUCCGGAGAAGACUUCUUCCUGCUGCUCUUGUCUGGAUAACAUCUCGGCCGGCCGCUUCCGGUCAGAUCCCUCCUGACCACAUUGAUCUUGUGACUGAGGUGCGAGGAUUUAACAACCCCCAGAAAGACGAGUACUUCAGGAGGAAAUUAAGCGACACGAGCUUGGCAGAAAGGGUGAUCAAACAUGUGAAAUCCUGCAGGAGUCUUCACAUCAUGUGCCACAUACCGGUCUUUUGCUGGAUGGCGGCGAGUGUCCUUGAGAAGAAUUUGGCGACGGGAGAGAGCAAAGACACGCCAAGGACUCUGACUCAAAUGUACAUUCACUUCUUGUCCUUGUAUGAGGGCAACAUGAAGAAGAGGAUGUCCGGAAGAAAAGAGUCGAACACAGAGAACGUGAGAACUAACCUCAUGUCAUUAGGUAAACUCGCCUUCAAGGAGCUCGAGAAAGGCCACUUGAUCUUCUACGAGAGUGACCUCAUCCUGAAUGGUAUCAAAGUCACACAGGCAUCCAUGUUUUCAGGAAUCUACACCCAGAUCUUCAACGAGGAGCGGACACUGUGCCAGGAGAAGAUGUUCUGCUUUGUGCACCUGAGUGUCCAGGAAUUCUUUGCUGCUUUAUACGUCUUUCUCACGUUCCACAACGAAAACACCAACGCCUUGAUCAAGAGGUCGUCUGCUGCGCGACGAUUCCUAUCAAGAGGCUCUUCAGAGCUCAUCCUCUACAAGGAGGCCGUGGAAAAGGCUAUACAGUGCGAGAAUGGACAUUUUGACAUCUUUCUGCGCUUCCUUCUGGGCUUGUCUCUGGAAACUAAUCAGACUCCGUUGAAGCAUCUAAUGACGAGCAACAGAACCAACCAAAGGACAAGAACUGAGAUCCUCAAACACAUAAAAGAGAGGAUCAGGGAGAGUCCGUCACCAGACAGAUGCCUCAAUCUCUUUCACUGUCUGAAUGAGCUGAACGAUCACUCUCUUAUUGAGGAGAUUCAGAGCUUCCUCCACUCUGGCAGUCUUAACAAAGCCCAACUCUCACCUUCCCAGUGGGCCACUUUGGUGUUUGUGUUACUGACGUCGGAAGAAGAGCUGAGUGUUUUCAAACUGAGCAAUUACACCAGGACAGAAGAAGGUCUUCUGAGGCUGCUUCCUGUUGUCAAAACAGCACAAAAGGCAAACCUGAAUGCAUGUAACCUCACUGCAAACUGCUGUACAACCCUGGGGAAUGCCAUCAGCUCAUCCAAACUCAGAGAGCUGGACCUGAGUAACAACAAGCUGACAGAUAGAGGCAUAGUGCUGCUCUCUGUUGGACUCAAGGACAGCAAACUGGAGACACUCAGACUGAGGAGCUGCAACUUAACGGACGUCAGCUCUGAUCACCUGGCCUCAGUUAUCAGCUCAGCUUUUUGCCAGCUGAAAGAAUUGGACCUCUCUGAUAAUGACUUUCUGGAUAAAGGAGUCCAAAAGCUCUCUGGUGGACUGGAAAGUCCUCACUGUAAACUGGAAAUACUCAGUUUGUCCCUUUGCAGAGUGACUGAAGAAGGCUGCACUUUCUUGGUAUCUGCUUUGAACUCAUCCAGACUGAGAGAGCUCGACCUGAGCUACAACCACCCAGGAAACUCGGGUCUGGAGCUGCUGUCUGCUCUGGAAGCCGACCCACAAUGCAGCCUGAAGAAACUCAGUGUGGAGGAGUGUGGCGAAUCCAGGAGUCAGCCAAGUCCAAAGAAAUAUACCAAAAGACUCGCCCUGGACCCAAACACAGCACACAAAGAUCUUCUUCUGGAGGAGGAAAACAGGAAAGCGACGCGCUGGACAAGCAACAAAUAUCCCGAUCACCCAGAAAGGUUCGACUUCUGGACACAGGUGCUGUGCAAGGAGGGACUGGCAGAACGCUGCUACUGGGAGACAGAGUGGUGUGGGAGGGCUUUCAUUGGAGUGGCCUACAAAAGGAUGUGCAGGAAAGGAGAGGGUCUGGACUGCUGGUUAGGCAAAAAUGACUGUUCCUGGGGACUUUACUUCACCAAUGACGGGUACAAGAUCUGGCACAACAACAUAUGCACUGCUGUGAACAUCCCUCCAAACUUCAAUAAAGUGGGAGUCUAUCUGGACUGGUCCUCGGGGACACUGUCCUUCUUUAGGAUCAGCUGUGGUACAUCGACCCUCCUCCACACCUUCCACACCACCUUCACUGAGCCCGUCUACCCAGGGUUUUGGCUCGGUUGGGUUGACUCCGUCGUGUACUUGUGCUAAGUAUUAACUGGACUUUCAUUUACCCUCAGACAAAACUCCUGAAGAUGGUAACAUAAUGUUGUAUUUUCUGUCUCCCUGCUCAUGAGCGAGAAACUAAAAAAGGUUUCAUGUUCUGAAGUAUUUCCUCAGUGUGGAUUUUAUUCUUUGAGGUUAAUUCUGUACAGAAGGAAGAAAUCCACAGAUAAAGGAUUUAGGAGAACCGAUACUGAAGAGUCCGAAAAAUUUGACAGAGACGUGCGCACUUUCUCUUUUUUUAACUUCAGUAGAAGUAUGAAAGUUUCAAUUCUUCUUUUUAGAAAAGUAGGUCAAAAGUACAAGUUUGUACUUGCUUUAAUGUAAGAAGAUCUUUAAUAUCUGUGCAAAGCUUACACAACCUAAGGUCAUAUUACAGCACUGUUAAACUCAAAUGAUUUUUCAUGAAAUGAAAAUAAUGAACAUUCACUUCAUUGCUCCAGCUUGCAAAUGUGAAUCUGCUCCAUUGUUGUUAAAAAUGUUGGCUUUUACACUGAAAUCUGAGACCAAAAACUGCUGUGGGACCUUCCCUUUCCUCUGUUUCAAUGUUCAGUAAAACAGACAUUUACCUUUUUCUCCUUUAACUUCUUUUUAUGAAGAAUGCUCUUUGAAUUAAGAUCUUCAAUAUAACAAGGACACAUGCAUUUUAUGUUAAAAUGGCUUUGCUCUAAUUGUUCACUGUUUGGAGCGCAAUCCUCCAAACACUAUCUGACGAUUUCAGAAUGGCAGUUCAGCUUGAUCCCACAGAUGUUUUAGGCAUAGUUAGAGAAAAUACAAUAAUUUGUAACUCUGUUAGCAAUGAGGCUGAUCUUUCUCCAAUGGAAGUCUCAUCAUCCCCCCAGCUAGUUUACACGUAUAAAGCACUUACGUAAAAAAAAAAAACAGUGACUUACAAAAAACAUGGCUCCUCUGAUGAAUUUGAAGAAACAUGGAAACCCUUUAUGGAUUAUCUUAAAGUUCAAACCAAUCGCCCCAUUGAGCUGAUUGUUACUAAGCCAGAGUAUGUAUAACCUUUAUCACCGUCAUUGUAUUGCGUUAGAGUUAAGUCUUGCUGUCUUAUUUCAUGCAACUUUUUUCACUUUGCUCAUUCGUUUUUUAUUCCCUGUAAUAUGGAUUUUUUUUAAAAGAAAAAAGAAAAGAAAAAUGUUUAAAAAAAAGGUACGGAGCUCCUGAAGUCCCAAAAAGCAAAAAAAAAAAAAAGAUUGUGCACACUAUUCUUUUUUUUUUUGGGACUCCAGGAGCUCUGUAAAAAAAGUGAUACUUAUUAUGUAACAACAUAUCUCUUGCAGAGAAUGACUGUUUGGUAUCUGUGUUUGUGUCAUUUGUAAUAAAGUUUUUUUUUACGGUGAAAACACAGACUACCAGAGAAAGGAGAAGCCGUGUCAAGUUUCACUUUCAACAAUCAUUUUAUUAGCAGUCCCAAGAGGCAAUGAAAAAAAAAAAAACACAAAUCAAAGAAAAGAAA